AUUGUUAUCAUUAACCUACGAAGUGCAGGAUGAAGUUAGUCUCGAUUUGGGCCUUGGUAGCUCUUUGCCUUUGCCUUGGACAAGUGGCCACCAGCGAAAAGCUGCUGAACUGCUACUGGGGCACCUGGGCCAACUACCGUCCCGGAGAUGGAAAGUUCACACCCUCUGAUAUUGACCCCUCCCUGUGCACCCACAUCAGCUACACCUUCUUCGGAAUCAGCGAUGCCGGCGAGUUCAAGUCCCUGGACACCUGGCUGGACAUGGACGAUGGACUUGGUUUUAUUAGUCAAACGAUUGCGCUGAAGCAGCGCAACCCAAACCUGAAGGUUUUGGCGGUGGUUGGUGGCUGGAAUGAAGGUUCCACCAAGUACUCGGCCAUGGCCGCCGAUCCUGCCAAGCGUGCCACCUUUGUCUCAACUUCCCUGACCUUCAUUCAGCAGCACGGCUUUGAUGGAUUGGAUUUGGAUUGGGAGUACCCUAGACAGCGAGGAGGCAGUGAAGCGGAUCGCGAGAACUUCGUUACUCUGCUGCGCGAGAUUAAGGAAACCUACGACCAGCAUGGAUUGGAACUGGGUAUUGCCGUCGGUGCCUCAGAGAAAUCGGCCAGCAUAUCAUACGACAUUCCGGCCAUUUCGCAGCACUUGACUUUCAUUAACGUUAUGACCUACGACUUCCACAUGGCUCUGGAUGGCUAUCUGGGUCUGAACGCUCCUCUGCCCGAGGUCACCGAAUCUAUUGACUACUGGCUUUCCCAUGGUGCACCCGCGGAGAAACUUAUCUUGGGCAUUGGCUUCUAUGGCCACAGCUACCAGAUGUCCGAUAGCUCACAGAACUGGCCCGGAGCUGCGUCCAUUGGUCCCGGGUCUGCUGGCAUCUACACCCGGGAAAAUGGGUUCCUGGGCUACCACGAGAUCUGCCUGAACAACUGGCACACCGUUUUCGAUCAGGAGAACGGUGCUCCAUAUGCUUUCCAGGGAGAUCAGUGGAUCGGCUAUGACAAUCCCGAAAGCAUCCAGAUAAAGAUGCAGCUGGUCGAGUCCCGCAAUCUGGGUGGUGCCAUGAUGUGGUCCAUCGAGACGGAUGAUUUCCGCGGCCUGUGUGGAGAGUCCUACCCCCUGCUGAAGACCAUGAACCGAGCUCUGGGCAAGGAAGUGAGUGGUGGAGGAGGAGGAAGUGUUACUCCCGCUCCAACUGCCGCUCCCACUCCGGCACCCACUCCCGGUGGUGGAAGUGGUGGCAGCGGAGGCGGCUCCAGUGGAGACUGCUCCGCAGAUGGUCACUUUCACUCGGUUGGCGACUGCAAUAAGUACUACCAGUGCAUCGGAGGCAUUCGCUACGACUUUCAAUGCGGGGAAGGACUGUACUUCAGUACCUCAACCUACACAUGUGACUGGCCGCAAAAUGUCGACUGUCCCUAUUAAAUGAAUACAUAAUGAAAAUA